CGCAGUGCUGGUCACCGCCGUCACUGUCGUCGUCUUUGCGCGGUGCUGCUCGCCGCUGUGACUCCCUCGCCGCCGCCGUCUCUCUGUCGUCGUCUUCGCGCGGUGCUCGGUCACUCCAUCACCCUCCCGCCUUCACCGCAAAUCUCCGGUUCAAGCUACCAAAUGUCGUCAGAUGAACAUUUUACGGAGAACAACGAUUCAAACAACGAUCCCGACAAUCCAAUUCAAGAGAGUGGGAAUGAAAAGGUUGCAGGUGACAAUGAAGAUCAAAACUCCACUCCAACAGGGAAUGCUGCCAUUACACAAGCAUGGAAAAAAUAUCACAAGACGGACCGUAAUGAGCAGCUUAAUCCGGAUGUGGAAGGAGUGAUACCUGUUGAGGAUCUAUAUGGGCUGUCAAAAUACGUCACAAGUGACCUGCCAGGUUGGGGUAAGUACAAACCAUGGUACGACUAUGAUGAGUUGAUUAUGGUUUGCGAGCUAGAAAGUCAUUGGGUGACUUUCAGUGUCAAUUUCAUCAAGAGUGCUAUCACUAUAUAUGAUUCUACUCAGCGCAAGUUGGAUGAUACUGACUAUGCAGUUAGAAAGACAUUCUUCACUCCAUUGGCACGCAUGCUGCCACAGAUCCUCAAGUACUCUGGAUUCUACGAUGAAAGGAAAGAAGUGAAGCCAAAGUUGACAGAAUGGCGCUUUGCAUACCUCGAGAGUGGUAAUGUGUACAAGCAAACAGACACCAAAAGCGGUGGAGCAUAUGCAUUGAAGUAUGCUGAGAUGAUACUCACGAAGCAACAUCUCCCGUCAUUUGAGAAGAAGGAUGUUGAAAAAUUAUGUGUUGAUGUAGCAGCCACUAUUUACAAGUUUAGCACUGAGGGCGAAAGUGAAGACUAGUUUGUUUGUGGUGUUUUUGUAAUGAAUUUAUGACUUAUGAAAUAUUUUUGUCGACUUUGACUCUUUUUCUCAAGGUUUAUUAGACUAUGAACCUUUUGGUAAUGAAAUCUACUUAUGUCGACGUUCAUCAAACUUUGAAAUUGAUUUCUGAA